AUGGCGAGCGCGCGCGGCGCGAGCGGCAUGCCGCGCGAGGUGGACUGGGAGCGGUUGGAUAAGCGGAAGUUUUUCAUCACCGGUGUCGGCGUCUUCAGCGGUGUCACCAUGGCGCUGUACCCGCUGAGCGUGAUCAAGACGCGGCAGAUGGUUUCUGCGCACGCCACGCAGGCGCGAGUGACGGACAUCGCGCGAGAGGUGAUGCGAGAGCGAGGGGUUCGUGGGUUUUAUAGAGGAUUCGGCACCAUCGUCGUCGGGGCGAUUCCCAUACGGGUGGUGUAUCUGAGCACGCUGGAGGCGGUCAAGGCGUACACGAACGCGGCGUUCGACGCGUGGGAUGUGCCGGUGAUGUAUAGGGGAGCGGCGGACGCCGCGGGGGGGGCGACGGCGAGUUUGGUUUCGCAGGCGUUGGCGGUACCCGUGGACGUUAUUUCGACGCGGCAAAUGGUGCAGGGGAUGCGGAGCGGCGGCGCGGUCGGCGCCGAGGACGCGGUGUUCGUGGGAUAUAGGAACGGGUUCGACGCCGUGCGGACGAUCGUGGCGAAGGAAGGCGUGCGAGGGCUGUAUCGAGGAUUCGGCGUGAGCGUGGCGACGCUCGUGCCGGGGAGCGCGCUGUGGUGGGGAUUUUACGGAACGUACAAGCGCGCGCUGUGGCAAGUCGCCCCAGAGGAUUGGCGCGAUGAGGCGACGACGAGCGAUGCGAAGGUGAUCGCGGUGCAAGCCGCAAGCGGGGUGUGCGCGGGGAUGUCGAGCGGGUUUCUCACCACGCCUCUGGACGUCGUCAAGACGCGCCUCCAAGUUCUUAGCGGGCAGCCGGGAGGGGAGAAGAAUAACUUGUCGAGCACGGUAAGCACUAUUUAUCGCGAGCACGGCGCGCUCGGGUUCUUUCGAGGCGUCCGGCCUCGCAUGGUGAGUGUAUCCAUAUGGGGCACGGUGAUGGUGAACGUUUACGAGAUAACGAAGAGAAUGGCCAUCAAAGAAUAA